AUGGAGGGUCUAUUUUUCAACGUGAACAACGGCUAUAUCGAGGGCAUUGCUCGAGGAUAUCGGAACAGCCUGCUCACCAGCCAGAACUACUCCAACUUGACCCAAUGCGAAAACAUCGAUGAUGUCAAGUUACAAUUGGCACCCGCCUAUGGCGACUUCCUCGCCGCACUCCCUCCCAACCCCUCCACAUCUGCCCUCGCAGGCAAGAUGACCGACAAGCUCGUAGCGGAGUUCCGCUACCUUCUCGCCCAGGCCACGGGAUCUACGGCCAAGUUCUUGCGGUAUCUGACCUACGGCUAUAUGAUCGAUAACAUCGCCCUUCUCAUCACCGGCACUCUUCACGAACGGGAUACACGUGAGCUCCUGGAACGUUGCCAUCCCCUGGGAUGGUUCGAGACAUUGCCUGUGCUCUGUGUCGCAACAAACAUCGAAGAACUCUACAACUCCGUGCUCAUUGAGACGCCGUUGGCGCCCUAUUUCAAGGGCAGCCUUAGUCACCAGGACCUGGACGAGCUGAAUAUCGAAAUCGUGCGCAACACCCUCUAUAAGAAUUAUCUUGAAGACUUUUACAACUUUGUCAACACGCAUCCGGACUUCAAAGGCACGCCCACGCAAGAGAUUAUGUCUGAGCUCCUGCAAUUUGAGGCCGAUCGUCGUGCAAUCAAUAUCACCCUGAACUCAUUCGGCACCGAGCUUUCGAAGCAGGAGCGGAGGAAGCUCUACCCCGAGUUCGGGAAGCUUUACCCUGAAGGAUCUCUGAUGCUGUCGCGCGCUGACGAUCUGGAAGGCGUAUCAUUGGCUGUCAGUGUGGUGGCAGACUACAAAGCCUUCUUCGACGCGGUGGGCCUCACCCAGGGCGGUGGAGGUUUCGGUAUGGGCGGUGGCUCAGACGGGAAGAGUCUGGAGGAUCUGUUCUAUCAGAAGGAAAUGGAGAUGUCAAAGGUCGUCUUCACGCGCCAGUUUACCCCGGCAGUGGUAUUCGCGUGGAUGCGCCUCAAGGAACAGGAAAUCCGGAACGUAACCUGGAUUGCAGAGUGUAUUGCACAAAACCAGAAGGAGAGGAUCGGGGACUUCAUCUCUGUGUUCUAG